AUGAUUUUCAUGUCUGUAUCUCUAGGUGUGCAUGAACGGGAACUCCUUGUUUACAAGAACUGUACGAGCAACUGCACGUUCGUGUAUCCAUCCGAAGUACCCCCUGAAGCCCCGAGAGUCUUGAGGACUAAUAGUUUCUAUUUUGUUCGUUGUUGUAACACUAUUAAUUGCAAUGACGGAGGACCUAGUACUCUGGAGAAGGAUAUCAUCCUGGAGGAUACAAUUGAGGAGACUCUGUCAGGGACUGGGCGCUUGGGGGAGUCAGCAUUUUUGCUGGGUGCUGCCUCCAUCCUUGUUAGCAACGCACUGACGUGA